AUGGCGGCUGCGGUGUCUGAGGCCUGGCCCGAGCUGGAGCUGGCGGAGCGGGAGAGGCGGCGGGAGCUGCUGCUAACAGGACCCGGACUGGAGGAGCGCGUGCGGGCGGCGGGAGGGCGGCUUCCCCCGCGGCUCUUCACGUUGCCGCUCUUGCAUUACUUGGAGGUGAGCGGCUGCGGGAGCCUGCGCGAGCCGGGGCCGGGUCUGGCACAGGGUCUCCCGCAGCUGCACAGCUUGGUGCUGCGGCGUAACGCGCUGGGGCCGGGCCUGAGCCCCGAGCUCGGGCCGCUGCCCGCUCUGCGGGUGCUGGACCUGUCGGGCAAUGCAUUGGAGGCGCUGCCUCCAGGCCAGGGACUGGGCCCUGCCGAGCCGCCCGGCCUCCCGCAGCUGCAGAGUCUCAAUCUCAGCGGCAACCGACUGCGCGAGCUGCCCGCCGAUCUGGCGCGCUGCGCGCCUCGCCUGCAGACCCUCAACCUCACCGGCAACUGUUUGGACUGUUUCCCCGCCGCGCUUUUCCAACCCGGAGCGCUGCCCCUGCUUAGCGAACUGGCAGCUGCAGACAACUGCCUCCGAGAGCUCAGCCCUGACAUCGCCCACCUGGCCUCGCUCAAGACGCUGGACCUCUCCAACAACCAGCUGAGUGAGAUCCCAGCUGCGCUGGCCGACUGCCCCAAGCUCAAGGAGAUCCACUUUGAGGGGAACAAGCUGAGGGACAAGCGCCUGGAGAAGAUGGUGAACGGCUGCCAGACCAAGUCUAUCCUGGAGUACCUGCGCGUCGGUGGCCGGGGUUGUGGGAAGGGCCGAGCCAAGGCCGAGGGUGCCGACAAGGAGGAGAGCAGGAAGAAAAAGAGGGAGAGGAAACAGAAGAGGGAGGGCGGCGAUGGGGAGGAGAGGGAGCUGGAAGCUGCGCAAAGGCUGCUGGUCAGGGUCCUGCACGUCUCUGAGAACCCCGCGCCCCUGAUGGUGAGCGUGCAGCCCGAGGUCAGGGAUGUGCGACCCUUCAUUGUGGGUGCCGUCGUGAGAGGCAUGGACCUGCAGGCUGGAAAUGCACUCAAGCGCUUCCUCACCGCCCAGACAAAGCUCCACGAGGACCUUUGUGAGAAGAGGACAGCAGCAACCAUUGCCACCCACGACCUCAAGGCCAUCCGGGGGCCACUGCUGUACGGGGCCCGGCUGCCCCAGGACCUCAAGAUUGUCCCAUUGGGCCGGCGAGAGAUCAAGGCCAAGGAUCUGGUGCGGCAGCUCCAGCUGGAGGCUGAAGAGCAGAGGAAGCAGAAGAGGAGGCAGAAUGUGUCAGGCCUGCACAGAUACCUUCACUUAUUGGAUGGAAAAGACAACUACCCCUGUCUCGUGGACGCAGACGGCGAUGUGAUUUCCUUCCCGCCUAUCACCAACAGUGAGAAGACGAAGAUUAAAAAAACGACUUCUGACUUGUUUUUGGAAGUAACAAGUGCUGCUAGUCUGCAGAUAUGCAAGGACAUCAUGGAUGCCCUCAUUCUGAAAAUGGCAGAAAUCAACAAAUACACUUUAGAAAAUAAAGAGGAAGAAUCGCUCUCAGAUACUGAAGUUGAUACAGUUCCUGGACAAUUUCCGGACCCCAGAACUAACCGAAGUGCUGAAAACAGUGGGACUUCCCUGCUGGUCGUAGAACAGGUCCGGGUGUUGGACAUGGAAGGGACCUUGAAGGUGGUAUACCCUUCUAAGACAGACCUGGACUUCUCCGCAUCCCAUAUAACUGUGAUCCGCUGA